AUGGCACAGACCGUUAUUCUUUCCAUCGCAUUCCUUUUGCUGUCUGCCCUCGUUUCCUAUGCAUACGCCUUCGUGGGACACCGAGAGAGAGGACUCCCUCCUGGACCUCCUACCACAGCCAUCAUAGGAAACGUGCACCAAAUACCCACGAAAGGAUCAUAUCUCAUGUUCACAGAAUGGGCAAAGACUUACGGCGGAAUCUUCUCCCUCAAACUCGGCUCUGCGACAGCAAUCGUCCUCACCGACCGUCGACUCGUCAAACAGCUCAUAGACAAGAAGUCCAGCAUCUACAGUAACCGCCCUCACAGCUACGUCUCGCAUAACCUCAUCACCGGUGGUGACCACGUCCUGAUUGCCCACUAUAGCAAAGUGUGGCAACGUUACCGCAAAGUCAUUCACCAACACUUCAUGGAAAGCAUCGUGAUGAAAGACCAUCUUCCUUUGCAGCAAGCUGAAGCCAGCCAACUAUUGCAUGACUUCGUCGUCCGGCCUGAUCAACACAUGUGGCAUCCAAAGCGGUUCACGAACAGCAUUGCUUGCGGGACCAUCUGGGGUGUACGCAGCCCGACCAUUGACACUGAGCAUAUGUUGCGCUUGUACCGCUUGAUGGAGGACUGGUCUGUCGUGAUGGAGCCAGGCAAUACACCACCGGUCGAUAUCUUCCCAGCGUUGCAUUACGUUCCAGAGGCCGUCUUUGGUAACUGGCGGACCAGAGCCAGGCAUGUCGGGAAAGCGAUGAACGAUUUAUACAACGACAUGCUCACUGGAUUGGAGAAGAGACGUGAAACUGUCGGACCAAAGUACAGCUUCAUGGACAGGGUCCUGGACCAGAAAGACAAGCUCGACCUGAACAGACAUCAGUUGUACUUCCUUGGUGGCACGAUGAUGGAGGGUGCCAGUGACACGUCUUCCAGCAUCAUACUAGCUGCCAUUCAGGCGUUUGUCAAGUGGCCCGAAGUCAUGCACAAGGCACAGGAGGAGAUUGACAGCGUCAUGGGGGAGGACAGAAGCCCUGUCUGGUCUGAUUAUCCGAGUUUGCCAUACGUGGCGGCGACAGUGAAAGAGGCCAUGCGUUGGCGACCAGUGGUACCUCUGGCUUUCCCACACGCAGUAGACGAAGAUGACUGGAUCGACGGGUACAAGAUCCCGAAAGGCUCGGUGGUCUUCAUCAACGCUUGGGGCAUGCACCACGAUGAAAAGAAGUUCCCUAACCCGGACGUCUUUGAUCCUGAUCACUACAAGGGCGUGACCGCGCUGGCUUCGGAGCUGGCUCAGUCUUCCAACCCUGAUGACAGAGACCACUACGGAUACGGGUCAGGAAGACGUCUCUGUCCUGGAAUCCAUCUCGCCGAAAGAAACUUGUUUCUGGCCAUCGCCAAACUGCUGUGGGCAUUCGAGUUUGGACCAGGAACGAAUGAAGAGGGAAGCGUUGUUUACCCAGACAUCGACCCUCGAACUGGUUACAGCGAAGGAUUCCUCGUGUGUGCAAAGCCAUAUGCAUUGGACGCCAAGUGUCGAUCGGUGAAGAGAGAAGACACCAUCUAUCGUGAGUAUGAGGAAGCAAAGAGGGAUGUUUUCUCUGCCUUUGACAACUAG